CUUCACAUCUCAGUUUAUCAUUUCCUUUGAAUCUUAAAAAUCUACCCCCAAAAGGCUUUAGCUUCUUCCUCAGCUAAAAUGGGUAUUUCUCGUGAUUCCAUGCACAAGAGGCGUGCCACUGGUGGCAAAAAGAAGGCUUGGAGGAAGAAGAGAAAGUAUGAGCUCGGAAGGCAACCUGCAAACACAAAGCUGUCGAGUAACAAGACCAUAAGGAGGAUUCGUGUUCGUGGUGGGAAUGUGAAGUGGCGUGCUUUACGUCUUGACACAGGAAACUACUCAUGGGGCAGUGAAGCUGUGUCUCGGAAGACCAGGAUUUUGGAUGUGGUGUACAAUGCAUCUAACAAUGAGCUUGUUCGUACUCAAACUUUGGUUAAGAGUGCUAUUAUUCAGGUUGAUGCUGCUCCGUUCAAGCAAUGGUAUCUCCAGCACUAUGGCGUUGACAUUGGUCGCAAGAAGAAAGCUGCAGCUGGAGCAGCCAAAAAGGAAGGAGAGGAAGGUGAAACUGUCACUGCGGAGGUGAAGAAGAGCAACCAUGUCUUGAGGAAGCUGGAGAAGCGUCAGCAGACUCGCAAGCUUGACUCCCAUAUUGAGGAUCAAUUUGGUGGUGGUCGUUUACUGGCUUGCAUCUCUUCACGGCCUGGUCAGUGUGGCCGUGCUGACGGGUAUAUCUUGGAGGGCAAAGAGUUAGAAUUCUACAUGAAAAAGAUCCAGAGAAAGAAAGGAAAGGGAGCUGCCUAAACUUUUGUUGCUCGAGAUUUUAUCUUUCUGAUGGAAAUGUUGUUUUCUGCUUUACUUUCAUCUUUUCGGAACGCUUGAGAUUGUGCUAGUGUUUAUCUACGAAGAAGUGGCGUGUACCCCUAUACGAGUGUAUUCUCAUGUACUUCAGUUGCAUGCUAGUUUUUGUACUUUGGAGUUAGUACGUUGAACCUUAUAAACUUAGCCUAUUUUGGUUGGUAUGGAUGAGAGGCUGGUUAAA